GUAAAGGCAGUCAGCAGCCGUGGGGUGACCUUCCAAGCCGAGCUCCGUCCGGCCUUCACGGCCCGGCUCUCUCCCUGGCGAGCAGGUUACGGGAGUCUGUACUCCCGCAGCAGGAAGUUCACCCUCUACCCCGAGGUUUCCCCGGCCCGGUCCGAUCAGCUGGCGUGCACCAAACUUCCAACUGCCCGCCCUCCGGGCCAAGCAGAACCGGGAGAAGAUUGAGCGAGAUGGUCACUGUCCCGUCCCAAAGUGGGGGUACAAACGUCUACUGAGCCUGAAAUUGUGCCCCCCCCCCACUAUCUGAAACGUCCGUACUCUCCUGGAGGAGGGGAAGAAGGCAAUCAACUCUCGGGUACCUCAAUGCACGGAUAUGAUGGAGCGAUCUGUGUGCAGAACAAAGUUUUCACUGCGGCUUGAUACAUGUGAGAAUAAUAAACAGACCGCUCCCUUUCCCUCCAGCCGGACUGCAUUGGGUGAAGGAACCUCCCUUACCAACAUGACGGAGGGUCAAACCACUCUAUCCUUAACAAGAUGGCGGACAACCUGCGGCAGGCAAAGGCUGCUAAACAAUGAGGGCUCCCUCCUCGCCUACUCCGGUUACGGGGACACAGAUGCACGGGUCACCGCUGCCAUCGCCAGCAACAUCUGGGCGGCAUACGCUAAGAACGGACACCAGGCUUUCAAUGAGGACAAGCUGAAGUUCAUCCUGAUGGACUGCAUGGAAGGCAGGGUGGCCAUAACCCGGGUGGCCAACCUUCUGCUGUGUAUGUACGCCAAGGAGACGGUGGGCUUUGGCAUGCUCCAGGCCAAGGCCGAAGCCCUUGUCCAGUACCUGGAGGAGCCUCUGACCCAGGUGGCAGCAUCAUAGGAGAAAGCUUUGAAGUGACACUCCAGGGAGGGAGGGAAUCAAGGCCUUGGGGUGGGGGAUUUAAUUUAAAAAAUGCCUUUGAGAAGGGUUUGAGACAAGACCCACUGCACUUUGUGAAAACUGCUGGAAAUUUGUUCGAGCUUGCUGUUUGUAGAACAAUAAAUAUGUGGAGAAAGCGG